AUGUGCUGCCUGGGCCGCCAGGGUGUGCAAGGUGCUGGGCUCAGUCCCAGGACUGAAAAUCAAACAAACGCAGAAACCACCCGUGCUCUCCUUGCUUUGGUGCUGUCCAGAGGCCUCGCGGUGGCCUUCACACAGUGUGGCCGCGCCUUCCUCCUCUCCCGCUUCCCCUGCUGUCCCCUCACCUGCCAUGUGGGCACCUGGCUGUGUCCUCAGGGCUUGGGACGCCGCCCGAGGUCUCUGCCCCCGUGUCUGUGUGUCGUGUGCAGGGAUCCGAGUGAAGGGGAAGCCAGUGGCAGAACAGACGCAUCCAGAAGUGCAUCCGGGGAACCGAGGGAAAGAGACAAGGAAGAUGGCAAAGACUCCAAGCCCCGCUCCUUGCGGUUUACGUGGAGCAUGAAGACCACGAGCUCCAUGGACCCCAACGACAUGAUGCGAGAAAUCCGCAAGGUGCUGGACGCGAAUAACUGCGACUACGAGCAGAAGGAGCGCUUCCUGCUCUUCUGCGUCCACGGGGACGCGCGCCAGGACAGCCUCGUGCAGUGGGAGAUGGAAGUGUGCAAGCUGCCGCGGCUGUCGCUCAACGGAGUCCGCUUCAAGCGGAUUUCGGGGACGUCCAUUGCCUUUAAGAACAUUGCUUCCAAAAUAGCAAACGAGCUCAAGCUGUAGAGAAUCCACACUGACGGGUCCGGGAAGCGCACAGUUCCAAGUGGACUGGUCGCCGUGGUGUGGCCGCGUGAGUCUCCCUGGGUAGAACCUGCCCUCAUGCAAUAAGGUUAUACAUAGUCACGAGCUGUACAGUCAAAACCCGUAUGAGCUGUAAGAAAUACCUGUAGCUUACAAAGUAGGUUCACAUGUACAGGUAAGUAUAUUGUGUAUUUCUGUUCAUUUCCUGUUCAUAGAGUUGUAUAAUAAAAUAUGAUUGCUUAAAAACUUGUAUAGUUGUCCAGAUUUCUGCACAUAAUGUACGAUUCAUGCUCUGACUUGAAAUGUCCUUCCCUGUUAUUUACAUUCUGGCGGGUUUUUACAAUUCUUACCUCCGUCAUACAACUUUGAAAAUUGUGUCUGGGAUUAAAAGUGCACAGAACUUGUCUUUACAGCUGUAGCAUGGACUUUAAAAAAUUAUUUAAAAUCAUAUUUAAAUUUCAACCGGAAGCUGAUCAAUAGAUCCAUUUAUUAUACCCAGAAUUAUUCCUGCUUAGCUGGCUUAGCCUUGUCAUGAAACAAGGUUUCAUCGAGGAGAUACAAAAUGUUUACAGUGUUGGCCCUUAGGGUUUCUACACAAAGUACAUGAAAAGAACUAAUAGCUUCGCCUUGAGCUAACUGGGAAGUGCUGGAGAAAAAAAGUUCAAACCUAUGCCAAAUUUCCCUUGAACUUCGAAGGGUUUUCUGACCAAGUAAUGGCAGCCGCGAGGUUGAAAAGCUUUAGUGCUUCAGCCAGGAGCUCAUUUUAGCCUGGCUGAGGCUCGCUGCCUCGGGCGGGAGCCGCAGUGUCCUUGCGGAGACACAAUUCUCUGGCAGUGGUGCACUCCCCAGGCUGGUGCGUCACCUAAGAGACAGUGCAGCCCCAGGAACCAGCUGCCUGCCCCGCCCACCGCCUCCGCGUGUUGGACACCGAGGGACUCGUGAGCAGAGCUGCUGCCGGUGACCGUUUAUCGUGGAGUUAAGCGUACGUGUUGUUCAGUUUGUCCCACGCGAUCAGUUUGGUCUAAGUAUUUUGCCAAACUUCUUGUAUUUAUUUCACAUCAUUAGGCCUGUAGCGUGCAGCUUUUUGAUGGGGCAUUUGCCAACUUUUCCUUCGUAAUUAGUGACGUGCUAUGUAAAGACACUAGUAAAGGUGCAUUUUAAUACUUGUUAUUUUAUACAGCAUUGGCCCUGGAGGUUGACUGUGCAAUGUUAUUUAAUGUGUAAUUACUGUAAUAUCAGCAUACAGACCCCACCUGCCCACUCCUGAGAAAUGGUGUACUCAGAUGUUAUCAGUUUAAAGAAAAAUAAAGCUGAAGUACUGUCCUGCCCUGUGUGCGCGCCCGGAGCGCAGGGGUCCUGCGGCAGAGUGGCUUCUAGCCCAAGGUGAACUCCAUAUCCUUACUGUGCUGUGCUGUAGCUUUUCUUCUGUAACAGUUCUGUUCUGAAAUGAAAUGUGUUCUUGCCUUAGCAAAGGGUGGCGUUUGGAAAAAAACAGAACAAAACUAUGUAGCCCUCUCUGACCUAAUGCCCGUCCAGGACUUGGACACAAACCCUGACCCACUUAUAGGUGCAGACUGAAACGUUACUUGAAAAGUUCUCGUAAUAAAGCACUUGUCUUUUGCUCUCUAUCAGAAUGUGAAUUACCUG